ACGAGGAAAAACGAAUGGCGAAGAUUUACCGAUGUCUGGUAAACGAACUAGGGGUCUUAUGGGUGCUGAGUAUUGCCAGCAUAACAGGUGCGGUGCCGUGUGAUGACGUCAUCAGUGUCACCCUACCGUCAUCUUAUUCUGUACACAGUGGACAGGAUGUGACACUGCAGUGCACUUUUACUCCAAUGUCGGGAGAUGUAAGUAGAUACCAAGUGAGGUGGCAGCGGAAUGCACAGGAAUAUGAAGUAGAAUUCACCAGUGGCAGAAUUACAUCAGUUCUACAGCCAGCGUGGAACGGAAGGUUGUCAUUCCAGUCUCCAGCCUCACUUGUCAUCGCUGGCGUCACUGCAGCAGAUUCUGGGGCCUACACAUGUGGAGUGAUGAUAACAUUUACAGACCCUGCACUCUGCGAUAAGGCAAACACUCGAUACUUCACCAAAAGUACAAUUCUGUCGGUCUUGGUUCCAGUUGCAGGUGUUUCUGUAACCCGUUCACGUGCGACAGGACAUGAUGUGACCAUGGGAGACACCGCAUAUCUGAGUUGUAUAACAGCUUCAGGGACGACACCUAUAACAUAUACAUGGCUCCUGAACAAUACACCAUUACAGCAGAGUGGCAGGGAGUUGACAAUCAGCAAUAUACAACCAAACCAAGCAGGACCAUACAGAUGUAAUGCCAGCAACACCAUAUCAUGGCAACAGUCCGGGACAUUCACAUUUAAUGUGCUACUUCCAGUUAAGGGUGUCUCUGUGGCCCGUUCACGUGCUACAGGACAUGAUGUGACCAUGGGAGACACCGCAUAUCUGAGUUGUAUAACAGCUUCAGGGACGACACCCAUAACAUAUACAUGGCUCCUGAAUAAUACACCAUUACAGCAGACUGGCAGGGAGUUGACAAUCAGCAAUAUACAACCAAACCAAACAGGACCAUACAGAUGUAAUGUCAGCAACUCCAUAUCGUGGCAACAGUCCGGGACAUUCACAUUUAAUGUGCUACUUCCAGUUAAGGGAGUCUCUGUGGCCCGUUCACGUGCCACAGGACAUGAUGUGACCAUGGGAGACACUGCAUAUCUGAGUUGUAUAACAACUUCAGGGACAACACCUAUAACAUACAUAUGGCUCCUGAACAAUACACCAUUACAGCAGACUGGCAGGGAGUUGACGAUCAGCAAUAUACAACCAAACCAAGCAGGACCAUACAGCUGUAAUGUCAGCAACUCCAUAUCAUGGCAACAGUCCGCAACAUUCACAUUUAAUGUGCUACUUCCAGUUAAGGGUGUUUCUGUGGCUCGUUCACGUGCCACAGGACAUGAUGUGACCAUGGGAGACACUGCAUAUCUGAUUUGUAUAACAGCUUCAGGGACGACACCUAUAGCAUACACAUGGCUCCUGAACAAUACACCAUUACAGCAGACUGGCAGGGAGUUGACAAUCACCAAUAUACAACCAAACCAAGAAGGACCAUACAGCUGUAAUGUCAGCAACUCCAUAUCAUGGCAACAGUCCGCGACAUUCACAUUUAAUGUGCUACUUCCAGUUAGGGGUGUAUCUGUGACCCGUUCACGUGCCACAGGACAUGAUGUGACCAUGGGAGACACUGCAUAUCUGAUUUGUAUAACAGCUUCAGGGUCGACACCCAUAACAUACACAUGGUUCAUGAACAAUACACCAUUACAGCAGACUGGCAGGGAGUUGACAAUCAGCAGAUAUACAACAAAACCAAGCAGGACCAUACAGCUGUAAUGUCAGCAACUCCAUAUCAUGGCAACAGUCCGGGACAUUCACAUUUAAUGUUCUACUUCCAGUUAGGGGUGUAUCUGUAACCCGUUCACGUGCCACAGGACAUGAUGUGACCAUGGGAGACACUGCAUAUCUGAUUUGUAUAACAGCUUCAGGGUCGACACCCAUAACAUACACAUGGCUCUUGAACAACACACUAUUACAGCAGACUCACAGGGAGUUGACAAUCAACAAUAUACAACCAAACCAAGCAGGACCAUACAGCUGUAAUGUCAACAACUCCAUAUCAUGGCAACAGUCCGGGACAUUCACAUUUAAUGUGCAAACUCCGAUUGAGGGUGUCUCUAUAACCCGUUCACGUGCCACAGGACAUGAUGUCACCAAGGGAGACACUGGAUAUUUGAAAUGCACAACAACAUUAGGCUUUGCACCGAGAACUUAUACAUGGUUCCUGGACAAUGCACCAUUACAGCAGACUGGUAGUGAGUUGACAAUCAGCAAUAUACAACCAAGCCAAGCAGGACCAUACACAUGUAAUGUCAGCAACUCCAUAUCAGGGCAGUCCAGGACAUUCUUUUUUAAUGUUUUAUAUGCCCCAGACAACUGGCAGAAUAUACCCACACUGACAGGGUACAACGCCACAUCAGACAAACUUGUCACUGGGGAGACAUCUGUGACCUUGGCCUGUAGAGCACCUGGCGGGAAUCCUUUAGCAUCCUUAAGCUGGACAUCAGGGUGUCCAAGUGGUUCAACCAGUGCACAUUUCACCUCAAACACGUCAGAGAUCAGACUUCAGUUUACAGUACAAACCAGUCACCAUCAGACCACGUGUGGCUGUAAUGCUACACA